CCCAACUUGGGACACUAGUAUCCCCUCUGCCUAUAUAAUCUCCAGCUCCAGCCAUGGUUUUCAGUGAGUCACAUACUCAGUCGUACCAGUCGCCUUCUUAGCCAUGCCUCACUACUCUCAGCCCGCUGCUGCCAACUACAACACCCCCCCUACCCACCACCACAAGGCCCGUGGCUGUCGUAUGUGUGACCAGUGUCGUGCUGUCGAGUCCCCUGUUGGUCCCAAGUUUCGGCUAUGUGGAGGCUGCCUCGUAACACAAUACUGCUCUCCGGAAUGUCAGAAGGUCCACUGGCCGACCCACAAACCCAUCUGUCAGCACACCGCUGGCCAGAUAUCAUCCACGAAGCAGGCCGCUGCCGUAUACGGCGAGGAAAACAUCGCUCGCAACUUGCGCAAGUUUACUUCCGCACAUAGUGCUUUGCUAGGAUGGGCUGGGUUCCAAGCGCUUCAGCUGAAGCGGCUCCCAUCCAACAUCCGACAAAACUGCCUCCUACUCGAACUUUCCCCCCGGAGCCACAGCGACUCUCAUCGUCGGUUCUCCGUUUCCAACGCUCACAUUGUCCCACGGUCGUAUAUCCGCGACCCCCUCGUGAUAUCCGAUAUCCAGCGACGGGAAGAUCGCUGUCGUCACGGCGGGGGUAUUGGCUGCCUUGUGGUUAUCAUUCAAUGCGGCAGUGUCAGUCAAGUGAUGCCUGUUGAGGUCGACCCUCCUUCAAAAAUAUCCUGGGAUACGCGAGGGGACUGGUUGGACACAGUCAACCACUUUGUCGAGUCGGGUAGGACAGAUUUCCAGCCGAUAUCAACAACAUCCCGAGGGGUGUACUAUGGUUGAGCGACCUCUUUCGCAACUUUCGUUUCGUUUUCGGCGUCUAGAUCUACCACAGCGCCUUUGCCAUGUCACAUGUGCCCAUCGACGCAUUUGCCUUGUAUUAUCAUCAUGACAUUGGCGAUUACCUUUUACCUGGGC